AUGUUGCCUUCACCCGCUUUCCAUCGACAUCAGAGUGAUCAGACGGGAGCACGAGUUGCCGCUGCACCUACGCUAAUAUCCAAACUUCUACUUCCUUCCAACCCUAACACCCUAGGUUCACACCAUUUUCAACAUCAGCACCACCACCGACCAAUUCUUCAACACCCGGGUAUUUCGCAGGAAGGCCUACCUACCCGGCCAAUGUAUCGAGCCCAGCCCUUCUCGGCAGCCGUGCCUGCCCCUUCCCAACUCACGUACCGGGAGAACUUACUUCGGCGGAAGACGCCAUCGGGGACCCUCCCCGCUGCGUAUGACGCGGCCCCGGUGGAGUGGUCCGCAAGGCCAACUAAGCACAUACUCCUCCCUACACCGCAAUCAAACAGUCCACAAGUCCAUCCAGAUCCUCAGCUUGCGAGGCAUUUGUCCUGGGAUAAUAGCAUUGGCCAAGGAGUGAGACCUUGGGAUGGGGGAGGGGAAUUGAGAAGUGCGGAUAUGACAGCCGGUGGAGGGAAUGUUGCCCCAACAAUGUGGGUUACCCAACCAAGCAGCCAGACACCAUUAGACGACAACCUAGACCCAUAUGUUCGUCAGUUCUUACUUCAACAAAAUCAGAUGGUCCCACCAAUAUCUGAUAAUAUUUACAUGGGGGGAAGGCCUUGUGGGUUUCAACCUUUCUACAACCCUAUAACAGCACCAACCGCUUCCUGCGAUGAUCUUAAUGAUUUAAUGGGCUGCGGCAACUACAAUCCCGUGCCAAGGGAUAGCAACUGGUACGGUCAUUAUGGUGCGUGGGGAAAUGGAAACACGGCUCCUACACAGCUACCGCAGGCUCCUAUAUACUAUGUGAACCCGGUUUAUACCCCAUCGCCGCAUCAAAUGAAUGGAGACCCAUUGUGGACUCCCCAACAACUUCCAGCGAUAGAUUCUGUUUCCGUCUCGACAUUCCCGCCACACAUAACGUCGCCAUAUCCGCUGAAUUCCCCCUCGGUGAAUACCCCGGAGGUCCAACUUCAACAUCUUCAGCUUGAUGGGCCAGGCUCUAAUACUGCUCACCACGAUACUGCAGAUCCUCAGCUUCGGGAUAAGGUCUUAGCAUGGGCUCAUGGGGUUUAUGUUGACCUUCUGGCCGCUCUUCAAGCGCAGCAAAGACAGUCAGAGGGUAAUUCUCAGGAGACUAAUAGGUCGCGGACACAGUUAAAGGUUGGAUUGUUUCCUCGGCCUCUCUUACAGCCUCAGGUGAGCAACUGGCGAUCUGAUAAUGCCCGUGCCCAACAGCUCUUUCCCGCCCCAAGCCCCGUGCCGUCACCCCCAAACGGCGCGCCUGGAGGAUUUACUGUGAAUGGGGGAGCUAUAGACCGAAGGAAACGGAUGAGACCUGGCAUCGGCCAGGAACAAAAUCACACGGAAAUUGGCACAUCUUCAUCUCAUUUAAAUCCGUCAUUUGAAAGUAAUGAUGGAUAUAAUUUUAACAGAGUUGAUGGAGCACACAUUCCUGACGGCAGUGACCAUCCUCCUGAGCACAGCACUCAUGAUAUUUGGUCUAGUGGUGAGCAAUCUUACGAGAAGAAGCAGCCGAGGGAUUGCUAUUCUGCGGGCUCAUUACACCGAGCUUCUAGCGGUAUCGGUAAUAAUGCGCCACAUAUGCUCAAUGUCACGCCCCUUGGUGGCUUUGGUAAUGUAAUCAAUCAAAGGCCAUCAUCAGCGACUGCUUCAGCUAUGGCAGCGUUGGACAUGUUGAACGAGUUAUGUGCUAGCAGUAAUUGGGUUUGGCUUGACGGGAUGCUUUUAGGAGGAUGUUUAGCAUAUGUUUGUGCCAUUUUCACCAAGUUUUUAUUCCCUCGGUAAAAGGGGCGAGUCUAAUAUUUCAAGCAGGGUUUGGGUGAUCUAACUAGAGCGAUUGACUGGUAUUCCAAAAUUUUGGAAGUGGAUCACGGGUACAACCUCUCACGGUGUCCGAUUUUCGUUUCAUCCAAAGAUGCUGACAUCUCUCAUGUACAUAGUCACGUGGAAGCACUAUCAAAUUUAGCUGCGACACUUCUUUCUUUAAAUCGACGUGAGGAAGCAGAGCAAUAUUGGCUUCGUGCAGUCAAGAAACGUCCCAGCUAUUUUGAAGCAGUUGAGCAUUUGGUUGGUCUGCUUUGUGGCGAGCAUCGUGGGAGAGAGGCUGUCGAUAUCAUCAAUUUCGUCGAGUCUAAGCUUCGCCGCCCGAGCUGCUUGGGCGGAAGAAACCCCGGCCCCAGCAGCAGUGGGUCUAGUGACGAAUUAUCUUCAACGUCUCUUUCAGCGUUGCCGGAGUUAAAGUUUGAUUACGACACGGAGGAGAGCCAUGCCAAAUUCUUUCCUUCAGCCAAGAGUGUCGUAUGCCAUGGAUCGAGCGAAUUCCUUAUUCCUUCGUCCGACAAUGGUCGUAUGCUAGCUUUGAUACAUGCGAAGGGAAAUAUGCUCUACACAUUGGGGGACAAUGCUGGCGCGGCCAAAGCCUUUGAAGAUGCUGUAUUGCUUGGCGCUGAUAUGCAACGGGGUGGAAUCAGGGGACUAAUAAACAAGAUCCUUGCUGUGCUUAGACCAGCCGUCGAUGGUGUCUACGUCUCAGGAGAACUGUCUACAGCUAAUUCGGGUCCAGUCUUGUUAACUCCGGAGAAGGCCGUUCACACUACUAGGUUUGUGUUCCCACCAACUGGAGAACUUCCGGGACUACGCGAUAUUCCAAGUGCGGCAGCCAAGCGAGCGGCCAUAUCCACUGCAAGUAAUUCUCUCCUCUCGCUCGCAAAAAUAUUCCAGGAUGGUAUGUCGUCUGGGCAUGGGGCAGGCGCUGGAGGGCCAAGGUCAGCCGCCGACGUCAAAGAUAUCCUAGCCCUGUACUACCUUUCCCUUUCGCUGCACCCUAGCCCUUCAACGGCCAAUAAUGUCGGGAUUUUGCUGGCAAGUGUUCAGCAAGUGUCUGCGUUGGCGACGGCGCCAGCGCCUGUCGUAGUUCCACGGCUGCCAGGUUCUGGACAGGGAUCUGGCAUCAACCUCGCAUUGCAGUACUAUUACUAUGGACUCAGUCUCGAUUCACGUCAUGCGCAUUUAUAUACCAAUUUGGGUAGUCUGCUCAAGGAUAUCAACCGGUUGGAUACGGCAAUCAAAAUGUAUGAACAGGCUGUUGCCUGUGACCCCACUUUCGAUAUUGCGCUCGCGAAUCUAGCCAAUGCGGUCAAGGAUCAGGGUCGUAUCGGUGAUGCCAUCGGGUUUUACCGCAGGGCCGUGAAAGCUAGUCCGGAGUUUGCGGAGGCCGUUUGCGGGUUGGCAAAUGCCCUCAAUAGUGUUUGCGAUUGGAAGGGAAGAGGUGGUAUUGUGAGAAAUGGAGGGAAUAGAGAUCGAUGGCAUGUUGAUGACAAUGGGGGAUUGAUGGAUGCUAGAGGAGUUGGAAUAGAGUCCAGUGGGUGGAUGAAAAGAGUUGUGGAGAUCGUAGAGAAACAGUUGGUCGACGGAGAACAUUGGGGGAAAGGCGUAGUGGCUGUUUCGGGGGUCGCAGACACGCUAUUGAGGGAACUCGAGAAGGCGGACGGGGCAAGAUGGUCAGAGGAAAGGAGGAGUUCGUUAAGGAAAAGGGUUGAGGGUUGGGCUGGGAAACGGUUUGAAGGGGCAAAGGUUAUCCGACUCAUCGAGAGGGCAUCUCGGAGGACUGUUUGGAGGUGGUAUCAAGAAAAAUAUGUCCAGGGUGUUGAGAACCCCCUGAGCGAAUAUUCCAGGCCCACAGUUCCAUCGAGCCUAUCAACCCCAAGUGCUCCAACAGUUCUUCCAUUUCAUACAUUCACUUGUCCGCUUUCAGCUAAACAAGUUAGGAUGAUCUCUCAGCGGAAUGGAUUGCGAAUAUCCUGUUCUACAUUACGAGCGCCAUGGCUUCCUCCUCAUGUUUUCCCGCCACCAGCACCACCAGCGCCCUACCUGAAAAUUGGUUAUGUUUCAUCAGACUUUAAUAAUCACCCUCUAGCCCAUCUAAUGCAGUCCGUGUUUGGUCUCCAUGAUCCAGCUCGUGCUAAGGCUUACUGUUAUGCUACCACCGCGAGCGAUAACUCAGAGCAUAGGAAACAGAUUGAGAGGGAAUCACCUGUGUUCCAUGAUGCCCACAGCUGGGGGCCAGAUCGUCUGGUCCAGCAAAUUGUCAACGACGGUAUCCAUAUUUUAAUUAACCUUAAUGGCUUUACACGAGGCGCCCGGAAUGAGAUAUUCGCCGCCAGGCCAGCGCCAGUUCAGAUGAGCUUUAUGGGAUUUGCGGGCACCUUAGGGGCCGAAUGGUGUGACUAUCUUUACGCCGACUCGACAGCGAUUCCCGCGGAAACUCUGCGACCCUGGAGACGAAAUGUCGAUUUUGAAGAUGAAGGACAUGAGGGCACAACAAACGAUAAUGGGGAAUGGGUUUAUUCGGAGAAUAUUAUAUUUGCCAAGUACAGCUUUUUCUGCUGCGACCAUAGGCAGAGUGCGCCGGAUUCUAAAUCAAGACAAUUAAGCUGGGAGGAAGAGCAGACACGCCGGUGGGCCAAAAGGAAGGAGCUAUUCCCUCAACUUAAACCGGAUAAUGUAAUCCUUGGAAACUUUAACCAGCUGUAUAAGGUGUGACCCCCAGCCUUCCAUAUCGCCACUACCAUUUUAUAUCACCGCUGAUCACUGUUAUAGAUCGAGCCGACAACCUUCAGAACCUGGCUCCGAAUCCUCUCCCGUGUGCCCAAAGCCAUCCUCUGGCUCCUCCGUUUUCCCGACCUCGGCGAGAAUAACCUAAAAGCCCUCGCAGUUGACUGGGCAGGGGGGGAGGUCUCCUCCCGCAUAAUCUUUACAGACGUAGCUCCAAAGCUCCAACACAUAUCCCGCGCGCAAGUUUGCGACAUCUUCCUCGACACGCCGGAAUGCAACGCGCACACGACUGCUGCAGACGUCCUUUGGUCCGGAACACCAUUAUUGACCUUCCCACGACAUAAGCACAAAAUGUGUUCCCGCAUCGCCGCCUCCAUUCUCCGCGCUGCAGUCCCGCAGACGCCGGAGGGGAAGGCGAUGGCCAAUAGCCUUAUUGUUGGCAGCGAGGAGGAGUAUGAAGACCGGGCAGUGGCGUUGGUGUCCAAUCUUGUUUAUGAUAAUGAUGAGGGGAGGGGGAUUGGAGAAUUAAGGGCUAUCAGACAGGUGCUGUUUGAACAUCGGUGGGAGUCAGCGCUUUUCGAUACUAAGCGCUGGGUGCGUGAUUUGGAAGAUGCCUACCAUGAAGCGUGGAGAAGGUGGGCAAGUGAUGAGGGGGGAGAUAUUUAUCUUGAAGAGGUUCAGAAGAUGAAGAGAUGAUGUGAUACCUUGCUUUGCUUUGCUUUCCACCCUGCAUUUAGCGUUUCAAGAGGAGAAUUGUUACACCAUACCACACUAUACCAUGCCCAUUAUCAUAGCGCGCCUUAUCCUCAGCAAGCGUAAAAUACCCUUCUUUCCCGGGCGGUAUACAUCUUGUACCAAUCCUCCGCUGUUUUUAUUUUAUUUUUCAUAUUUUCCAUUCCUUAUUCCUCUUGCAGGCGAACUGGGUGGGUUUUUUUUUUCUUUCGUUUAAUUCCACUCGUUCUCAAGAAUCGGCAUGGCAGAGGUAGAUUUCGCGUUUGCUUGCUUAUAGCUUUAUUUCAUGGUAAAUUUGAAUGGUGGCUUAACCCGGCGAGUUGGUUUAGCUCAGUUUAUUUAUUUGUUUAAGCCCACGAUUUGUGUGGGUGGGGGGUUGGGUAUGGUUAGGCAAACCGGUCCGUUAAACUUAUACCUGUCACUUCUUCGACGAAUCUGCGAUAGGUGGCAAACCAUUUGGUAUUGGGGCGGAGUCUUUGACGGAAAAGAAAAAUUUAGUUUAAUCUCCCCCCUUACUAUUUAUGAUGAGGUUGGGUUGAUAUAGUUGGGUGUUUUUAGGAUGGGUUUGUUGGUUGGGUAUGUGCAUACCGCAGUCUGCGGGUUUGAUGGAGCCGGUAUUGGAUUAUGUUAUGCCUUUUGCUUAGGGAUAGUAUCACAGGGUGUUUGAUUGGAUGGUUGGGCUGCAGGGGAAUUCGCUAUAUGGUGCUGCGGCUCUGGUGCUAUUUGGGGGUACAAGUAGAUUAGUUGUGAUGAUUUUUCCGUGUUUGGAGUAAUGAUUGGUUACAGUGCGCGGGUACUCGUGCAGUUGGUAGCGCGCCAAGGGUAGUAUGAUAUCAUGUCUUGUAAAACCCGGCUACUUAUGUUGUAAUAUCACCGCAUCCAAGAGUAGAGAAAAGACUUGUCCAUCUAUUCCAUCUCCUGCGAGAAGGAAGUACUAAUAUACUACAUGAGUUUAGCAGUCACUUUGAACAGCGUGUCCUGUAUCAUCCAAGCCAGUUUCCCAAUAGGACCUACUCGGACCCUCCAGCUCGGGAUCCCUAUACCAAACAAAUCCGAUGCGGUAACCAUCUAGUAAUGGAGUCCUGAGAAGCCACAUCUUCCAACACCCCCACUCUUCGAAGGAUCCUAGGAUAACUGCGGUAGAAAAAAGAAAAUAGAGAAGUGGCCUAGAUUCUCAACAGAUUGCUUUGUGACCUCGUUAAAAACCUCCCUCGGGCCUUUAAAUAGGCAGCUUAAGGGUAGGAAAAGAGUGUCACAUACAGGUAGACCAUGAUAAAAAUAAAUAAAUAAAUAAAGGAAUACAGUCAUAUGGAAUAGAGCCAGAAAUGAAAUAUAACUUUCAGUCAACUUCAAUACUGCAUAGUCCCAUGCCACUGAUAUGCUUCCAGUGUGAGGCUCUCGGAAGAGCCUUUGUUAGAAUAUCAGCAGUAUUCUGAUCUGUAGGGCAGUAUGAGAUUGAGAUCUCCUGAUUUUGUACUGCGUCGCGGGUGAAGUGGCGUUUAACAUCUAUAUGUUUUGUCCUCUCGUGGAAUUGAGGACGGUUGGUAAGAUCUAUUGUACUCUGGUUAUCGAUGUUAAUUAGAGUAGGAGGGAGAUGCUUAAUUGGACAUAGUUCUAAGUAGAUUCCUCGAAGCCAUAACGCCUCUCUUGCUGUCUCUGAAGAAGCAAUAUAUUCAGACUCUGUUGUAGAAAGAGCCACCAUUGGUUGCUUUUUAGAACGCCAUGAUAUGGCACCACCAGCCAUAAGAAAUAUAAAGCCACCGGUAGACUUUCGAUCUUGUAUAUCUCCGGCAAAAUCUGCAUCACUAUAGCCUACCAGCGGUGAUCCAGAAUCGUCCUUAGUCGUUUUCGAAUAGCGUAGGCCUAGGUGUAUGGUGGCCUUUAGGUAUCGUAGAGUUCGCUUGGCUAUUUGGAAUUGUUGUAAGGUAGCUUUUGAGUUGUACUUGCUAAGAUAGGCAAUAGUAAAUCCUAAGUCUGGUCUCGUAGCAAGGGCAAGAUACAUAAGACUUCCGAUCAAGGAUUGAUAUGUCUUCUGAUCUGUAGCUGAAAUUGGAUCAUCUGUGGUAAGAACUUGAGUUCCUGGUUCCAAGGGUGUUUGAACUGGAUUGCAGUUUUCCAUCUGAAAUCUGCGUAGGAUUGUAUGUAUGAAGCGAGACUGACUCAAGGUAGUUGAGUCCAGUUCUUGCUUUAUCUCAAUACCUAGGAAGCAAGUAGCUCUUCCGAGGUCUGUCAUCCGAUACUUUUGGCUAAGUAAGAAUUUUACUCGUUGGAUUUCGGAAGCCGUCUUCGAUACUAGGAGUAUGUCGUCAACAUACAGAAGUAGGAAGACAUCAAAACUAGACAUGUAAAGAUUUGGAUCAUAGGAGGAGCCAAGGAAUCCUAUUGAUUUCAAGAAACCGUCGAUUUCUUUAUACCAGAGCAGAGGCGCUUGUUUGAGUCCAUAGAGUGCUUUAAGCAAGCGGCAUACAACUACACCAGUUCUACUACUCUCUUUUAUUGCAGCUGGAUCGAGCCACUCAAUUCCCUCUGGUAGCUCCAUAUAUUCUUUCUCAUCGAUUGUAGGAUUCAGAAAUGCUCCAAUGACAUCCAUGUGAUCAGUAUGGUAAUCAUUCUUUGCAGCAAGUGCAGCUAGCAUCCGUAGACUUGUCAGCCUUGCUACCGGUGCAAAGGUUUCUCCAUAUACUGUUUGCUCGUAGCCUUUUAUCACCAGUCUUGCCUUUGCCUUCAAUGAGCCAUUGGGGAGAGUCUUUGUCUUGUAUACCCAUUUACACCCAAUCACGGACUUGCCAGCUGCUGCUAUAUUAUCUGUAGCUCUCUCAUAUCUCCAAGUACCAUGGCUGCGCAGGCUUUCAAACUCAUCAUGCAUGGCCUGACGCCAGCAUGGAUACCUAAUAGCUUCAUCGUAGGUAAUUGGAUCGUCACCCAAUACCAUAGAAGGUGUGGUACUUGUGAGUGCAGCAGCGGCUAAUGAUUUCAAGCGUCCAGAGCGUCGUGGCGCUAACACUUCUGGUUCAGGCCCAGCUUUCUUGUACUUCUUUAAAGUCUUCUGUUGAGGAGGCCGUGAUUGGGCCUUUGUGACUGGUGAAGCUACCUCUAUAGCAUCGGGGUUCGGCUCAUUGCUUUGGCAUUCAAGUUGCUCCUCAACAGGAUUUACUAUUAUGGGAACUGAAUUCUCUGGCAGUUCCACUCCAGGUUUCACGUAGUCUUCUUCUUCUUCUUCUUCUUCUUCUUCUACCUCAAUAGUCUCGGGCUUCUGGGGAAGUAAAGAACCGAAUAUGUCCUCUGGCUGGACUAGACUACUAGCCAGAUAGGACUCAUCGAAUAUUACAUCCGAGGUGCGAAUUGUUGUCCUCAAGUCGGGGUCCCACAGUCUCCAAAUCGUGGUUGUCGCGGUAUAUCCUAACAUGAUGCAAUGUUUUGAUCGCUCACCGUAUUUAGGAUCUCUUUGCUGUGAUUUUGGAAUCCGCUUGUAGGCAAUACACCCAAACCGUCUUAGAUGGUUCAUGGUUGGCUUCGUUCCAUAAAGCAUCUCAUGUGGUGACUUAUUGGCUAUUGCUCGUGAUGGAGAUAGUGAGUGUAGGUAGACAGCUGUAUUCACAGUCUCUGCCCAGAGAGCAGCGGGUAGACGGGCAUCUAAGAGCAUCGCUCUUGCCUUACACAGUAUGGUUUGAAUCAUCCGUUCACUGAUCCCAUUCUUGUGUUGUGAAUAGGGUGGUGCAGGCUGGAACUGGAUUCCUGUGGCCCUGAGAAUUCCACGAAAGAAGGUAUUAUCAUAUUCUCCUUUUCCGUUAUCACAUCUAAAUUUUGAGAUCUCCCAUUGUGGAAAGAUCUUUCUAACUCUCUCUCUGAACUCCUGAAAGCGUCCAGUAACCUCAUUCGCCUCCUUUGUACGAAGAAAAUAAACCCAGCAGAAGCGGGUAUAGUCAUCUAUGUAUAGAAUGAAGUAUCGGGCACCCGAAAAGGACAGGCACUUGAAGGGACCGCAGACAUCAGAAUGAAUCGUCUCGAAGGGUCUAGUUGCUCGCGGAACUGGGCGCUUAAUGAAUCGGCGACAGUGCUUGGUCUUUAUACAGGUUUCACAAAGCGCACUGCUGAGCGGGACUUUGCAGCCAAGAAUGGACCUGAUAGCUGCGAAAUGUAAGUGUCCUAGCCGUUGGUGCCAUAGGCAGGCAAUCUCUUCUUCUUUGGUUGAUAUCGCGCUAAGUAAGAGAUUACUACUAGUAGAUAACUGCUGUAGAUUUAAAUUCGGCGAGUCUACUCCAGCAUUAUCAUGGCUCGCAGAAGGUAAUUGGAUAACUGGUCCAUGGGACUUUGGAAUCGCCUUGCCAUACAAUCUCCAGAGCCCUCGCUGUAGUUGGGCAAUCGGAAUUUCCUUGGAUCCUAUCAGUUGACGAGAGAUGUAGCAGACCCUUUCGCGGAAGGCAAUUGCAAACUCAGACGAUAGAGAAGAAAUCGAGAGCAGGGAAAACUUCAUAGCUGGAGAGUAGAGUGCCUCGAUAUCGAUAUAAUGUGCUUUGCAUAGCAGCAGACGAACCACGCCCUUUGCCUUAGCCAAUACUUGAUUACCAUCUCCCAGUGUAAUCACAAUUGGGCUACUCAAGGUCUUCAGGUAGUGAAAUGCACGUCGGUCAGGACAGAUAUGAUCACUUGCUCCUGAGUCAACUACCCAAGUUCCUACAGUAUCUCGCAUUCCUCUUCCAAUUGCUACCAAAGCAGUUGGUUCCUCAUUAUCCACACUGGCAUAGGUAGCGGUUGUGGUUGACUCUCUCUUCCGUCGGAGGCUUUCAGCGCGUAUCCUCAACCGGCAUUCUUUUUGGGUGUGGCCUCUCCGAGUACAGUACCAGCACUCAACCCCAUUUUGGUUUCCAUUACUCCAGUUCCUUCCCGAACCAUUCUGUCCACUGUGACUUGCCCUAAAUGGGGCUUUACUUCUACCUCUUCCCAGUGGUACUCCACCAAAACCAGGAUAUGGUCUGCGUGAGUACUUAUUUCCUCUUUCCGUAUUGGUAAAAAGGGCACUUGCACGAUUUCUUGCAAGCAGUGCUUUAUUGGCAGAGUCUGCUGAUCCGGAUUCAGAUACUUGGCUCUUCUUAUUCGCGAGUUCGGCUUCACGUUCUACAAUUCCUGUGAUGAAGUCAUCAGCAGUGAGAUUCACAUCGCGUGACAUUAUUUGUACGAUCGCGUCAUAUUCAUUCGGGAGAUCGGGAACAAGUUGAGAAAUGAAGGUCGAGUCAGUGACCUCCUCAGUUGAGCCAGAGAGUUGUUGACGCAACUUGGUCAACUCCGUAAUGAAGGCAGUAACUGAGGGAAACUGUGAAAGGAGAAGUCGAUUGAAACGUCCCCGAAGGGCAAAUCGUCCUGCUCGAGAUGCAGCAGAAUCAUACUUUGCUCGCAGGGUUUGCCACAUAACCCAGGGUUCCAUUGCAAGAGUAAUUUGCUGGCGAGUGGCUAGACCACAGGAGGUGAAGAUCAUGACUCUGGCUUUCACUCUGCGUUCUUCCCAAGAUGCAUGGCGGGCAGCAGGAUUGGCAGGAGGCUCCAGUUCCUCUUGCUGGACAAUCUUGAAUGCUUGUUCGAUUUCCAGGAAUGCUUGAAGGUCUUGUGACCAUCGAUGAUAGUUCGUCGGAAGGAGUACAUGUGUUUGGCCAUAUUUGCAACGGUAGGUAUUUUCAGAUAUGGUGCCACCAGUAUUGCUGCUUGAGCCAAGAUAGUUGCUUGACAUCAUGGCUAUUGGAUUAGCACUUGACCGGGCUCAUAACCUGUUGUAAUAUCACCGCAUCCAAGAGUAGAGAAAAGACUUGUCCAUCUAUUCCAUCUCCUGCGAGAAGGAAGUACUAAUAUACUACAUGAGUUUAGCAGUCACUUUGAACAGCGUGUCCUGUAUCAUCCAAGCCAGUUUCCCAAUAGGACCUACUCGGACCCUCCAGCUCGGGAUCCCUAUACCAAACAAAUCCGAUGCGGUAACCAUCUAGUAAUGGAGUCCUGAGAAGCCACAUCUUCCAACAACUUAGAAUUAGACUGCCUUGAAUAUACGCGAAUGAUUUUUCUUCCUUCUGA